ACACACUAUCAGAGUCUAUCAGCACCAUGGUUGAGUGGACAGAUGCUGAGCGAAAGGCCAUCACUGGGGUCUGGGGGCAAAUCAAGCCUGAUGUGAUUGGGCCCCUCGCCUUGGCAAGAUGCCUCGUUGUGUACCCAUGGACCCAGAGGUACUUCAGCACUUUUGGAGACUUAAGUGAUGCCAAGGCCAUCAUGUCUAACGCCAAAGUGGCCCAGCAUGGCGUCACUGUGAUUAAAGGUCUGGAGAAAGCUGUGCAAAACAUGGACGACAUCAAGAACACCUACGCUGCCCUCAGCGUGCUGCACUCCGAGAAGCUUCAUGUGGAUCCAGACAACUUCAGGCUCCUCGGUGACUGCCUGACCGUGGUUGUGGCAUCGAAGAUGGGCAGUGCCUUCACCCCAGAAAUCCAGGCUGCGUGGCAGAAGUUCCUCUCCGUGGUGGUGUCUGCCCUCGGAAAACAAUAUCAUUAAAAAGUUAUUUCUGUGUUAAACAGAAAUAUUGCAUUGAGAACCUGCUCAUGUUAAUAA